GAAGCAUUCCCAGCAGGUCAAGAAAGCAAAGCAAUUCGACGUUUCACUACGAAAACGAUGUCUUUCAUGACCUUUUUGCUGAUGUUCACCACGAUGACGAAAUUUGUUAGUGCUGGUGUAGUCGGAGCAGAAUUUCAACUACAGUGUUCGAUAGACCUUACACAUCGAUUCAAAGCUCAUGUCUACCUGUUAGAAGAGAGUACAUUGCCUGAGAUUGUGCUCAGUGAAGCGAUCAAGGAAGCGCGCUGGGAUUCACCAUCGCACCUAAGUUUUGAGCUAUUCAGCGACGAUUUGCAAGACGUGGAAGGCAAACAUCUAGAGAUAAUGGUUCUUAUAAAACACAAUUGCGAAGAAAAGCAAAAAGGAAAGCGAAUUGCACUGAAAACUUUGGAGGUAGGAGCUUUUCCAUUGGAACAUGCGAGGCCACUUACGAAAAAUAUGGGAAAAAUAUCCCUACCAUGAGUUUGUCAAUCAAUGCUCGUCACUGUUGCAUUGAAUAAAGCUGAGAA